CCACCCCUUCCCUCGCGUCUUCAGUUCCUGCAGCAAGAGGCAGCUGGAGAACUACUUCCAGAAGGGAGGUGGCAUGUGUCUCUUCAACCUGCCCGAUACCAAGGACCUGGUGGUGGGACGGAAAUGUGGCAACGGCUUUCUGGAGGAAGGAGAAGACUGUGACUGCGGGGAGGUGGAGGAAUGCACCAACCCAUGCUGCAAUGCACACAACUGCACACUGAAGGCAGGGGCCCAGUGUGCCCAUGGUGACUGCUGCCAGAGCUGCAAGCUGAAGGUGGCUGGGACGCUCUGCAGGGAAGCGGCGGGAUCCUGCGACCUCCCCGAAUACUGCACAGGCACCUCGCCCUACUGCCCAGCCAACGUCUACCGGCUGGACGGCUCUUCCUGCGCCUACGGCGAGGCCUACUGCAACAACGGCAUGUGCAUGACCCACCACCAGCAGUGUGUCCAGCUCUGGGGACCAGGUGAGCCCCACCAGCCCCAGUCAUGCCUCCUUGACACCCCAUUCACUAAGGCCAAGUGCCGG